AUGGAGGGGGCGUACCAGGAGGGAAGCAGAGUAGAGCAGGACAAGGAAGUGGUGGUGUCGCAAGGCCUACUGGAGGGGACUAUCUCUAGUAAAACCCAUGUCCUCUACACCCAGACUAUCUCUAGUAAAACCCAUGUCCUCUACACCCAGACUAUCUCUAGUAAAACCCAUGUCCUCUACACCCAGACUAUCUCUAGUAAAACCCAUGUCCUCUACACCCAGACUAUCUCUGUUAAAACCCAUGUCCUCUACACCCAGACUAUCUCUAUUAAACCCAUGUCCCUCACACCCAGACUAUCUCUAACUAUCUCUAGUAAACCAUGUCCUCACACCCAGACUAUCUCUAGUAAAACCCAUGUCCUCUACACCCAGACUAUCUCUGUUAAAACCCAUGUCCUCUACACCAGACUAUCUCUAAGGCAGCUGGGGAGGAGUCAGCAGAAGGUCCAGCAGAGAUUCCAGGAGAGAGAGGAGGAGCUGAAGGAGCUCCAACAGGCUGUGGAGUCUCUCAAGUGCUCUGCACAAGCAGCAGUGGAGGACAGUGAUCAGAUCUUUACUGAGCUGAUCCGCUCCAUUGAGAGAAGGCGCUCUGAGGUGAAGGAGCUGAUCAGAGCCCAAGAGAAGGCUCAAGUGAGUCAAGCUGAAGGACUCCUGGAGCAACUGAAGCAGGAGAUAGCUGAACAGAGGAAGAGAAGCACUGGCUGGAGCGAGCUCUCACACAUAGAGGAUCACAUCCAUUUCCUCCAGAGUUAUCAGUCCUCUCCAGUAUCAGUGUAUCUUCAGACCUACCCGCGCAUCGUUGUCCAUCCUCUUCAGUACUUUGGAGAUGUGAGUAAGACUGUGUCUCAACUUGUGUCUCAACUGAGAGAGAAACUAGAAGACUUCCUUAAAGGAGAAUGGACCAAGAUCUCCACUACAGUGAAUAUAGUGGAUGUUGUACUGCCUCCAGAGCCCAAGACCACAAUACUUAUUGUUCUAACUCCCCUCAUUGGUCUCUGCUCUGCUUUUCUCACAGAUUCCUGUCAGUUCACACUGGACCCAAACACAGCACACACACACAUGUCUCUGUCUGAAGAAAGAAAGGUGACCUAUACAGGCCAAGUCCAACCAUAUCCUGAUCAUCCAGACAGAUUCACCAACCAGUACCAGGUCUUGUGUAGAGAGGGUCUGUCUGGACGCUGUUACUGGGAGGUGAAGUGGGGUAGUUAUGUUAUUACAGCAGUCUCAUAUAAAGACAUCAGCAGAACAGAGACAGAUAAUAUAUUUGGAUCAAAGUCCUGGAGUUUACAAUACUAAAGAGGUGGUUAUUGGUUCAGACACAAUAAUGUUGAGCUAAAUUAUCAGGCACAGUCCUCCAGAGUAGCAGUGUACCUGGAUCACAAGGCAGGUACUCUGUCCUUCUACAGUGUCUCUGACACAAUGACCCUCCCCAGAGUCCAAACCACAUUCACUCAGCCCCUCUAUCCUGGGUUUCAUCUCUGUGGUACUGCUGAGCUGGUUAAACUGUAUUAGGGUCCACAUAGAUACUAGUCAUGCUGGUGAGUCUAUAGCUG